UGAGCAACUGCCUCGGGCAUCUCUAGAACAGAACUUGUCUUCCAGAGACAAGUGUUAACGGAGAGUCAACUCUAUGACGGAGGGGUAAAGCUAUUCUAUCAGGUGAAAUGAAGCGGGAUCAGCAAAAUAGAUAGCGAAGUCUGAAGAACACGGUUACAACUGAGAGGAUUCUAUUUAUGUUUCUGGGUAGAGGCAAUAAAAUAUGUAGGACUCGCGCGUCAAAACCCACGGGAUUCCAAAGAGGGUUUAUCAUCGGACCGCGUGCCAAGUGCGACUCGCGUAGGCUAUUCAUGCAAAUUUAUAAAAUCAUAGGCGUGCCUCUUUUUAGCCAUGUACUCGCGGACUGAAAGGCGAACCCCUUGGCUUACUAGCUGCUUCCAUACUGUAAUACGCAGCACUCGGACUCACAUAUAGGGACUGCACGCGCGCGAUGAUGUCCGCGUUUUAAAACCUGGAUAGGAGAAAGCAGAAGCAAGGACAAGUUUUAAGGGAAGCUAUCGUUUGUCUUUUCUUAAAGGCAUAUAUAUAUAUAUAUAUAUUCUGCAGACCUCAGCGUCUGCUUUUCACUGCGCACUUUCGCAAACGAGUGCAGAUCAGUUACUUUGAUAUUGUUUAUUUUUGUUGUAAGAUAGGGUAAGGUUACGGAAACGGCUACUCACUGAGGAUACUGAUGCUGUCUAUCUUGACGUUGAUCCCCUAUACUGUUUUUUGCGUGUAAGUCUGAGUUGGACCACUGAUCAUUAGGCUACUGAAAACUUAAUAGAUCAGUAAUUUUUUUAAUCUGAAUCGGUUUUAUUUAAUCGACAAUGUCAGAGGACGACACCAGUUCUUCUGGCUCUGCUAGUUCCCUAAAUGAGCUGGAGAAUAGCAAUGUCAGCGUCCUCAGCUGGGAGCAAGUGCAGCGGCUGGACGCGAUUCUUACGGAGACCAUCCCCAUCCAUGGCCGUGGGAACUUCCCUACACUGGAGAUGAAACCGUUGGAGAUCGUGAAGGUGGUCCGGAGCCGCAUGGAGGAGAAGCAUAUCAAUGUCAGGGACGUUAGGUUAAACGGGUCUGCUGCCAGCCACGUUCUUCACGAGGACAGUGGGCUCGGGUACAAGGACCUCGACCUGAUAUUUUGCGCGGAUAUGAAGGGAGAAAUUGACUUCCAGAUUGUGAAGGAUAUAGUUUUGGACUGCCUUCUGGAUUUCCUACCCGACGGAGUGAAUAAGAAGAAAAUAACUCCAUUAACUUUAAAGGAGGCCUACGUACAGAAGAUGGUAAAGGUGUCUAAUGACUCCGACCGCUGGAGUCUCAUCUCGCUCUCCAACAACCGAGGGAAGAACGUGGAGCUGAAGUUCGUGGACUCCCUCCGCAGGCAGUUUGAGUUCAGUGUGGACUCCUUCCAGAUCCAGCUGGACUCUCUCCUGCUCUUCUACGAGUGCUCUGAGAACCCCAUGGCACCGGCCUUCCACCCCACCAUCGUGGGCGAGAGCGUCUUCGGAGACUUCGGCCAGGCCCUUGACCACCUGCGCCACAAGAUCAUCUGCACCCGCAACCCGGAGGAGAUCCGGGGCGGCGGGCUGCUGAAAUACUGCCACCUGCUGGUGAGGGGCUUCCGCGCCGACUCGGAGACGGAGAUGAAGUCCCUCCAGCGCUACAUGUGCUCACGCUUCUUCAUCGACUUCUCGGACAUCCUGGAGCAGCAGAGGAAGCUGGAGUCCUACCUGCAGAACCACUUCACGGGCCUGGAGGACCGCAAGCACGACUACCUGAUCACGCUGCACGGCGUGGUCAACGAGAGCACCGUGUGCCUGAUGGGCCACGAGCGGCGCCAGACGCUGGGCCUGAUCGCCAUGCUGGCGGUGCGCGUGCUGGCCGAGCAGAACGUCUUCCCCAACGUGGCCAACGUGACCUGUUACUACCAGCCCGCCCCUUACGUCGCCGACGGCAACUUCAGUAACUAUUACAUUGCGCAGGUGCAGCCCGUGUUCACUUGUCAGCAGCAUGCCUACUCGACCUGGCUGCCCUGCAACUGAGCCUGCAGCGAUGGAGGGAUGGGAAGAGAGGGGGGAAUGGGGAGAGGGAGAGAGGGGAAACGUGUUUGUAUGCAGGAGUCACCUGGCGGGGUGUUUCGCAGCUGAGUCGCCCGAGAAAGAGGUUUCCUCGCCUUCUCGUUUCGAAUGUCAACAUUUGAAUCGUAAUGUUUUGACUGUCUGUUUCAGAGCUUGAUCAGUAAGAUCAGGAUAGCCAGGGCUCGGUAGGCAGUGAGGACUGGCUUUUAACGUAUGAUUGGAACGCUCUCUCGAGUACCCCCCAAACCCCUUCACUGCUCUGGGGGUCCUACACCGCUUCCCCUGCCCCUGCCCCCACCUGCCCACACCUGGGGUUAAGGUUUGGUCAUCAAUGCAAAGCAAAGAAAGCAUGUGAGAAUCCUUGCAGCACAACUCCAACCAACAAACCACUGGUGCUGCAGACAGAUGAACACAGAUUGAUGGACUUGGAGCCUUCAGCUGUGUGUCCUGCAAUCCUGCUGACUCAGAUCCCCCCCAUCCCCCCAACACAGAGCUCUGUGGACUUCCUGUCAGGUUCUGGGUCGAUGGACCUCAAUCUGAACUGGCUGUCAGACUUACAACCUCACACAGACUCAAAUUAGAGUUCCUAAAGAAACCGUUGUUUGGUAAAGAGAUUAAACGAAAUUCUGUGUAUGUGUAUGUGACAUUGUGUUUUAAGUGCCUAGAGCUUAGCGGAGGUUAGAGGGAGCAAGGCCUUGUGGGAAUUAGGGUUGGGGUCUCUUGUUUGUACUGGGGAUGUUCAAGGGGGUGGGAUUUUUGCCCUGCUUCAUACAUUGAUUGGCCAAACUUUAUGUACGUCUGCAGACAUUUAGGGAACUGCCGAGAAGGUGAGUCCCACACCCUAACCCCGCCUCACACGGUCUCUCUCCCAGAAACAACAGAGGGAGCAGUUGCUGCUCCGCCGCUUUCUUCAAAAAUGGGUUUGAUGUUGUUUUGUUGUGGUUUAUCUUGAAAAUAUUGUUGAUUCCUAUUAAAGCUGAUCUUAUUAGUAGAGACAGAAUCCUGGAGUUUAAUGAUCCCAUGGCUUUGUAUGCAUCUUUAACCAACCUUCAUGAAUGGAGCUAAUUGCAAAUGAGACCAGACUUGUCAGACCGGGAGGCAGGAAGGCAGGCAGGCAGGCAGAUAGCUGGUGUGUUUAGGGAGAUAUUUGCAGACACCUCUGGUGAUGGUACAUUGUUUGCUGUAACACCCUGGCAGGGAAUUCCACAGCUGCUGCUGAACUGGGCUAGGCUGUAUGUGGGCUAGGGCUAGUCCUGGGUCACCUCUGGGCUGAACUGGGCUAGGCUGUAUGUGGGCUAGGGCUAGUCCUGGGUCACCUCUGGGCUGAACUGGGCUAGGCUGUAUGUGGGCUAGGGCUAGUCCUGGGUCACCUCUGGGCUGAACUGGGCUGUGUUUGGGUCACUGCAUACGAAAUCAUCAGAAAGUGUAGUGCCAACUGUUAUCCGUUUGCCUGGUGCCCAAUGUUGACUUGAGGGCUAAACAGAGGGUAAGACCAUUUGUUGGUGUGUAGAAUUAUCUGCUGGGAUGAAGCUGAAGCAUUAGAGAAAGAGAACAGAGAGAGAGCAAAAGAGAGAGAGGGAGAGAGAGCAGCAGAGAAAGAGAAUGAAGUCGAGAGAGCUGGAGAAGAGGUGAGAUGGGUGUAGCUGGUAAUAGGGUGUUGCUCUGUUGGUUCCUCUGCUGAUCCUCCGAAAUCCAACCUGCCAUGAAUCAUGGGAACUGUCCCACCCUUUAAAAGUAUACCCAAUCAGGUUUUCUCAAUGGCCCGGUGAUAGUUUUCUUUUCGCUUCUUGAUGUAAUUAUGAAAUCCUGUGGACGUGGCGUGCCAUGUGAUGUCACUUCCCCUUUGUAAAGCUUCACCAGCAGAUGCAGCCAGGUGAGGGGUUACCGUAGUUACAGAGGCUUUGGGUUACCGUGGUUAUAAAGGCAGUGGGUCUUUGGAUUGUCUUGUAUGCGUUGUUUGAAAUGUUCAUUUGUGUCUCAAUGCAAUCUUUUACAAAUCAAACCUUCAGAAAAGAGAAAAAAAGAAAAAGCCUGAGUAUGUAUUUUUUAUGAUUGUUAUUUUUAUAAGUGUACUAGACACUGCAGCGCUUUGGAGUGUGUGAGCAGUGUGUGAUCUUGUAUGUCUGAUGGGUCGAACAUGAAGAUGUCUUCAUCAUUAAACAAGAGGUCAAACACAAA